AUGACUUACCUUUGGGCGAGGAAUUCCAGCCAGAAUACUGACUCGAGAUCCGGUUCCCUCUUCUCCCCUCGCAAAAGGCGUCGGGUGGUCAAGGUAGAGGUGGUUGUUCCCACCUUACGCUCCGUCCUAGACAAAUUUCCGCCUGGAAUUGGCGAGGACGAUGACGACAACCAGGCAAUACAAAUACUUGUCAACCCCGAUAUAAAGAAAAAUAAAAACCUAGAACUAACCCUGGAUACUGUUCAGAAUCGUAUCAGGGGCCUCCGUGUCUACAAUGUGGAUCUUGACCCCGAAAUCCGGGAUGUCACUGUAGAUCGUCGCUUCAUGUCGCAAGUUUUGGGGCGGGAACACCCAAGAAACCUUUCCGAAUAUCGGCUCAAAAAUUCCUCGACAUACACCACAUGGAUGACUUCAUGGGCACCAGGGUUGUUCUUCUCUUCUCGAAACAAAAGCGAGUGGCCAAAAACUCAAAGAGUUUUCUCCCGGAUUGAUAGUGGGAAAUGGCAAUAUAUGGGUCAGUAUUCGAUGGAGAGAGCUGCGCCUCUGACCGUAGAAGAAUGGGAGAAGCAGGAGAACAUUGUUGUUUCGACUUGGGCACAUAAGAUAUCCAAGGCAGGGUAUGGUACUCGGUGCAGAGCUAUCGUUCAUCUGCGCCACCAACUUGGUCGCAAACCAGCAAAGGCAGAAAUCGACCAGGCUCUCCAAGGUGGAAACCGGUACAAGAAUGUCACGAAGGAACAGAUGGCUCACGCAUUGCGUCAGGGUUGGUUGUUAUUGACUGUAUGGAAAAUGAAGUGUGUGGGGUAUGAUGUUGGUUUCCAACGCGAGCUUGUUGAGAGGUCGGCGGACUGGGUUCUGCCUCCUCCUAAGCCGGCCAAGAAUCAAGGAACGCCGGGCAUGGGGUCAAAACGAAAGCACAACGAGUCCCUCAAUAUGAUUGAUUCGGACGACGAGUCUACUAUUGAAGAGCUGAUUUAUCUUCCGAAGGGAACAAAGACCCGUCCUAUUGUGGUAUAAUACACAAAUACGUAGUGGUUACUUGCUACGACUCCAGUACAUCCAAGCAUUCCUGUUAGAUGCAUAGACAUAUACGAGGACAGGUAUACUUUGGCCAAAGUCAUGUCCUGAAGAGAACGUGUUCUUCUUGAAGGCUUCUGCGAGAAAUUAACUGACCCUAUGAACAAAUUUUCUUCCAAUGUAAAAAUCUAGGAACUCGACCCUAGCAGCGGCUCAAUUUUCCU